UUUCAUAUUUGUUUGAAGAGUGUCUCCGCUAAAUUUGACAGAAUCAAAUAAGGCGUGAAUCGAAAUAAAAAGUGGUUUUCUUCUUCUCUCUCUAGACUCCAAUGUCGGCUCUCUUCUCCAUUGCCUCCUUCGUCUUACCAUCCAGGUUAUAGGCUGAAAAGGGAAGGGGGGAGAGAGAGUGUUUGCGGCAAUGGAGGAACCGAGCAAACUGAAGCGUGCCAUGAUUGAUUCCUUGGCUGGGGCAAUUUCUGGUGGAAUAUCACGGACUGUUACAUCGCCCCUUGAUGUUAUUAAGAUUCGAUUCCAGGUCCAGCUAGAGCCCACAUCUUCAUGGGCAUUACUACGCAAGGAUUUGGCUUCAGCUACGGCUGCAGCAUCAAAAUACACUGGUAUGCUUCAGGCAACCAAGGAUAUUCUUAGAGAAGAAGGCGUACAGGGGUUUUGGCGGGGAAAUGUGCCGGCAUUGCUCAUGGUUAUGCCAUAUACAGCUAUACAAUUUACAGUUUUACACAAGUUGAAGACUUUUGCCUCUGGUUCUUCCAAGACAGAGAAUCACAUUAAUUUAAGCCCUUAUCUAUCCUACAUCAGUGGGGCAUUAGCUGGAUGUGCAGCUACAGUAGGUUCAUAUCCCUUUGAUCUUCUCCGAACUAUAUUAGCUUCUCAGGGUGAACCAAAGGUAUAUCCCAACAUGAGGUCAGCAUUCAUGGAUAUUGUCCAUACUCGUGGAUUCCAAGGCUUGUAUUCUGGAUUGUCGCCCACUCUAGUGGAGAUUAUACCUUAUGCAGGCCUACAAUUUGGCACAUAUGAUACAUUUAAGCGAUGGGGCAUGGCUUGGAAUCAUAGAUACUCCAACACUGCUGCAGAAGAUAACCUCUCUAGCUUUCAGCUUUUCCUUUGUGGAUUGGCAGCUGGAACAUGUGCCAAGCUUGUCUGUCAUCCACUUGAUGUUGUCAAAAAAAGAUUUCAGAUUGAAGGGCUUCAAAGGCAUCCAAGAUAUGGAGCUCGAGUCGAGCAUCAUGCAUACAGGAAUAUGCUUGAUGCCAUGCAACGGAUACUGCGAUUAGAGGGUUGGGCUGGUCUGUACAAGGGGAUAAUUCCGUCCACUGUCAAAGCUGCACCUGCUGGUGCUGUGACAUUUGUUGCUUAUGAAUUGACAUCAGAUUGGUUAGAGUCCACUUUCAAUUGAUUUUUUCCCACUUUUUCUUCAUUACUAUUGAUCAUAUUCUUUUUUGAAAUACAAAUUGAUUCCCACGUAGUAUAGGAAGAAAGUGUGAGGGAGAUGCCAAUUUUUUGUAAUGAUAGUGGUAGUUGAUAAGAUUGAACUUCCUUUAAAAUGGAAGAUUUGUCCUUGAAGCUUACAUCUGAUUUUGAAUUCCAAAUGUAAAUGUCCAAAAUGGUGCGAAAGCCUAUCUAGUGUUUCGAUUCUCAACCUAUAUUUGGUCUUUGGUAGUAAAAUUCGGACAUAAUUAAUGGACAUAUUUUUGAGCUUGAGGU